CACAGGAACAAGGAUGUGGGUUGGCAGACACUUAAACAGGCUGAAUCGGGAACCAAACUACACACAGGACAAGUGCCUGCAACUUGAAGACAAGAGGUCGCCUUUCCAGAAGCGAGAAAGCAUGUCACUGAAGCUCCCUCGGAAUGUUUGGGAUUUUAACCUGAAAGACGGCGGCCGAAUAGGUCGUUCAAAGAGUGUGAUGCCAACUGACCAUGGCACAGCAUUAAAUAGAGCUUCAUCUCCCAACACAAUGGAACGCCCUGUGAAGUCAGGCUGGCUAAAAAAGAGGAGAUCUCUAAUGAAGCAGUGGCAGUCUCGCUGGUUUGUUCUUCGAGGAGUCUACCUGUGUUAUUACAAAGAGGAAGAGGAUGGGAAGCCACAGGGUUGCAUUCUCCUCAAAGAUAUCAAGGUCAAUGAAGUACCAUCAAACCCUGAAGAUCCAGGAAAGUUCCUCUUUGAGAUCACCCCAGUGGGCUGCAGUGAUCAAGACUGGAUAGGAAGUGGUUAUGACACACAACUGCUGAUGGCCAAUUCGCAGAAUGAAAUGAAAGAUUGGGUCAAAGCAAUUCGCCGAACAUUGGGAACAUCAAGUGGAGCUGUCUUUGAUCAGCGUUUAGCAGAAACCAUGGCAUACGAGCAGAAGUUUGGGAAACACCCGGUGCCCAUGAUAGUGGAGCAGUGUGCAGACUUCAUUCGCCAGCAUGGACUGAAUGAGGAAGGAAUCUUUCGCUUACCAGGGCAAGACAACCAAGUCAAAGAACUGCGAGAUGCCUUUGAUUCUGGAGAGAGGCCAACGUUUGAUAGGGAUACAGAUGUGCACACUGUAGCCUCUCUGUUUAAGCUAUACCUCAGAGAGCUCCCGGAACCAGUCAUCCCUUGGUCUCAGUAUGACAACUUCCUUGCAUGUUGCCAGUUAAUGAGCAGCAACGAAGAGGAGGGGCGAAAGGAGCUGAUGACACAGCUGUCUUUAUUGCCUCAGGUAAACUGCAACCUGCUCAGCUACAUCUGCAGAUUUCUCCAUGAAGUGCAGCUCAACUCCAGCAUCAAUAAAAUGAGCGUGGACAAUUUGGCGACUGUCUUCGGGGUGAAUCUCCUCAGACCCAAAAUCGAAGAUCCCGUGGCCAUCAUGAGAGGGACACCACAGGUUCAGAAGCUGAUGACUAUUCUGAUCAGCAGCCACGAUGAACUGUUUCCAAAACAUGAGGAUAAGCCUCCUUCCCCUUUGAGAAUCUCUGCACAACGAAGUAUGGUUGGUUGGGGUGCUGCAGAGUUUGCAACAGGAGUGGCAACCAGGACACACAGGCGCUGCCAGAAUGAUGGGAAUGACAACAGCAUGCCAGAGGAGAGCGAAUUGGAAAACUGGAUGGAAAGCCCCAGGAAAAGGACUCAAACACUCCCAGCCAGGAAAUGCACAGAGAUAUCUGACAGUGUGAACGAAGGUAUUCCCAGCACUCAGAACUGGAACACCAAGAGUUCCCAGGUCAGGAAUGACAAGGAAGCUGUGACUGAGGGGCACAGAAGGUGUCUUUCGCAGGACAUUCUGAGAGCCUCAGCUUCCUACCAGUUGCUCUGCACUUCUGAAACCUCUCCAACAGCAACCUCUGCUGCUUCUUCUCAGGAUAAGGAUGGGUCUGCUGCACGCAGUCCCUCACCCUCUCUGGACAUGGUCAGCCAUCAAACAGCCAACUCCCUGUUACAGACCAGUCAAAGCCUCACGGCAAAGACCCAACAGGAAAAAGCUGAGCUGGAUAGCGGAGGAGAGGAAAGUGAGGCGAAGGUGGGGGAAAUGAGCAAGGAGCAGCUCCUGAAAUUGAUCGCGAAGCUGAGGGAAGAGUUUCACAGCAAGAGGGAAAGUUACGUCGAGAGAAUUGAAAGCCUCGAAAAGGAGAAUUACGAAGUUUGGUCCAAGGUUGUCCGUCUCAACAAACAGAUAGAAGAAAAUAAGAAGCAAUUCGAAGCCCUGGAAAUCAGGUUCCGCAAUGCAUUUCGGGCACAGAUGGACGCUGAGAGACGCAACCAGGAGCUGGAGGAGGAGCUAAAGGGCUUCUUUCAGACAGAAAAAGAAAACGACAGAUCUUAAAUCCCCAAGAAGUACUUGCCGCAGAAGAAAGAGUCCCUUUUAGAAGGACUAAGCUGACUGGGAACAAAGAAAUCAAAAUCUUCCACUUUUACAUUUCCGUUCUGCCAGUUUAUCACAGAGACAUAUGAACAUGCGAGUUAGGAACAGAAGUAGGCCAUUCGGCUCCUCGAACCUGCUCUACCAUCCACUAAGAUCAUGGCUGAUUUGACUGUAACCUCAACUCCGCAUUCCUGCCUACCCCGAUAACGUUUCACUCUCUUGCUUACCACAAAUCCAUCUAGCUCUGUCUUAAAAAUAUUCAAAGAUUCUGCCUCCACCACCUUUUGGGUAAGAGAGUUCCAAAGACUCACGACCCUCUGAGAGAAAAAAUUUCUCCUCAGCUCUGUU